GGAGGAUUGAAGUGAUCUCAUCGUUUCAGCAACUGCAUAGCGCAGCGAACCAAAGCCGUAACUUUGUAUGAAACUUCUAAGUUGUAUCUCAGAGGAAGAUAACUGGAUAAACGCAACUUUGCUGAGACGGCAAACAGCUCUUUGGAAGCUGAAUAAUUGGGCUCCGACCGCUCGCAAUUUUACUGCCACAGAUUCAUCCACAGAAAGGAAAGAGGAGAAAAUGCUGCUUAGUAUUUUGAUCAUGACGUCCAGCGGUUGAGGAGGGAAAGAAAGGGCUGGGCUGGACGGGAGAGGAGAGCAGGCCUAUCCCCAGUGAGAGCUCACCAUGCAGGCCUGAGCCCUGAACAGUUACCACCCUCAAGUUUGGAGGCAAUAGAAACAGCUCAUCGUUCCUCUAUCUCAUCUGUGUCCCUUCAUCUUCCCAUCCCCUCUCUCUCUCUGUUACCCCACCUCCCUCCAUCUCUAAGGGCAAGCUGUUCUACUGCCCCAUUCUCCUGCCCUUUCUCUCAGGCUGUGGUGUGGUUUUGCCCCGUUUCCUCCGUGACGUCUCAUGACCUCUCCCAGAGGUCAGUGCAGACCCUCCUCUCACCUGUAGAGAUGCCCCCCAACCCCUCUAUGAGCUCUGAGGCCUGGUAGAGGGGGGGGCGCAACAGAAUGACCAGUGUUAAGCGUCCCCCUGCCGAUCACACGGUCGGGGGGUCCAUCCCAGCCACGGACGAGUUCUACACCCGGCACAUGCGCAUGGCCAAUGGGAACGCGGCGGCGCAUGCGUCGCGGUCUGAAGGCUCCGCAUACUCCUCUUCGGGAGUGCCCAAAAUGGGGGUGCGUGCCCGGGUCGCCGAGUGGCCCCCCAGGAAAGAGGUCGGAGGGGGCACGCGGCACCUUGCUGCGGGGGACCCCCCGCCUCGGGCGGCCCGGCGGGGAGGGAGGGAGGAGGAGGGCCGCGGCCCGAUGCUGCGCAGCAUCCACAAAUACUCUGCGAGCGGGCUCCAGGCAUUGAAGCGGGGCCGCAGUCCGGUGGGGCGCUCGGACUCCCCCGACGCUCGCUUCCUGUCCGCGCAGCGGGGCGCGACGCGCCGCAUCCGCCAGCGUAGCAACAGCGACGUGACGCUCAGCGAGCUGGACGCCGGCGGAGAGAGUGGCGACGACUGGGGCUCACCGGCAACGCCGGGGGCCAAGUGGUCGCCUGUGCACCGCGUCUACGGCAGCACGUCAUCCAUUGACCAGCACCCCGGGGACAGCAUCCUGGAGCUGCUCAAGGGCCUCCAGAGCGAAGCGUCCGGCGAGCAACGCAGCCCAGCGGCCGAGCGACUGGAGGAGCUGCUCAACGCCGCCGACCAGCAGGGCCUGACCGAGCUGACCGACGACGCGGCGGCUCAGCAGCAACCCAGCCGCGCACGCGACAAACCGCCCAAGCGCCGCUCCAAGUCCGAGACGGGCGGCGAGUCCAUCUUCCGCAAGCUGCGAGGCGUCCGUGGCGACGUGGACUCUCCGCGGGCCGGCUCGGACGCAGAGGACGGGCGAGGGUCCGAGGACUGCGGCCUCCCCGUCGGCUCGGGUCCGCCCCUCAAGCCCUGGGUCUGCCAGAGGGGCUUCACGCACUACGACGUGCAGAGCAUCGUCUUCGACCUCAACGAGGUCAUCCAGAGCCGGCAGACGGCGCCCGUAGUUAGUCACCACCACCGCGAGCCCGGGGCGCCAGCUGUCGCCGCCUCCUCCGCCUCCGCCUCCUCCACCCUCUCCUCCACGCACAGCCUGCCCUACAGCUCCCCUAGUGGCAGCCAGGAGGAACUGAGUGGACGCGACGACCCCGCCGAAACCCAGAGCAACGAGCUGGUACUGGGCUGCCCGUUCUUCCGCACCGAGACCGGAGGGGACGGCAGGGAGCAGGACGAGCCAGCGCCCGCGGAGACGGGCACGUACGAGUCACCUUUGACCCCCUACUGCAUGAACGCCGGCGUGGCGGUUCUGGAGGGCCAGAAAGACGGACCCAACGCCCUCAACGACCGGAACAAGCAGUACAUCAUAGAACACGUGGACCUGGGGGCGUACUACUACAGGAAGUACUUCUACUUGAGAGACCACUGGAACUACUUUGGGCUGGACGAAGCGUUGGGGCCAGUGGCCUUGAGCGUCCGUCGGGAGAAGCUGGACGACCAUAAGGACCACGGCCCUCAGUACAACUACAGGGUCAUCUUUCGCACCAGCGAGGUGGACAUAAGGAUGUGUGGACAUGCUGCUGAGUUUCCAGGUGAAGGUGGGGAUGAUGCUACCCGGAGGCGGGUCCAGGCACAGAGGAGGGAUGUACAACUCGCAGGGCGGCCCGGCCCGCCCGGCGACUUCCUGCAGCUGCUGGGGGAGAAAGUCCGACUCAAGGGCUUCACCAAGUACCGGGCUCAACUGGAUACUAAGACGGAUUCCACGGGGACGCACUCCCUCUACACGUCGUACAAGGACUACGAGAUCAUGUUCCAUGUGUCCACUAUGCUCCCGUACACGCCCAACAACAAGCAACAGCUACUCAGGAAAAGGCACAUUAGAACGACAUGAGUCACGUAGAUCUUCCAGGGCAGACUCUGCGUUCCUAAGAACAUCCGCUCACACUUCCAGCACGUCUUCAUCAUCGUUCAGGUGCACAACCCCUGCUGUGACGACACCUGUUACAGCGUGGCCGUCACCCGCUCCCGUGACGUCCCAUCGUUCGGACCGCCGGUUCCACGGGGUGUGACCUUCCCCAAGUCCACCGUCUUCCGGGACUUCCUGCUGGCCAAGGUGGUCAACGCCGAGAACGCCGCGCACAAGUCGGACAAGUUCCGCGCCAUGGCGACGCGCACGCGGCAGGAGUACCUGCGCGACCUGGCCGAGCGCCACGUGACGGCCACGCCCGUGGAACCCGCCGGAAAGUUCCCCUUCAUCUCGCUGGCGCACCGCAAGCGCGAGCGGAGCCGGCCCUACAGCGGCGCGGAGCUGCGUGGACCGGGCGCCCUCACCUGGCUCGUCCACGCCGAGGACCAGACGGCCGGCGCCGAGCGGGAGUGCGUGCUGGCCGUGUCCAGCGAGCUCCUGCUGCUGCUGGACCGGCAGGCCAAGGCCGUGGUGUUCAGCUGCGCCGUGCGCGACGUGAUUGGCUGGUCGUUGGGGAGCCCCGCCUCCAUGAAGAUCUUCUACGAACGGGGUGAGAGCGUGUCGCUGCGGUCCAUCAACAACAACACCGAGGACUUUGGAGAGGUCGUCAAGCGCCUGGAGCUCCUGUCUAAGGGCUGCCAGACUACGGAGAUGACACUGCGGCGGAACGCUCUGGGCCAGCUGGGUUUCCACGUCAACUUCGAGGGCAUCGUGGCGGAGGUGGAGCCGUACGGCUACGCGUGGCAGGCGGGGCUCCGGCAGGGCAGCCGAUUGGUGGAGAUCUGCAAGGUGUCGGUGGCGUCGCUCACCCAUGAGCAGAUGAUCGACCUGCUGCGGACAUCUGUCACCGUGAAGGUGGUCAUCAUCCCGCCCCACGAGGACUCCACCCCACGCAGAGGCUGCUCAGAGAUGUACCACAUGCCGCUGGUGGACUACAAAAACCAUAAGGAGGGCAUGCCGUAUGAGCUGAAGUUCCCCUUCCGCAGCAACAACAACAACAAGUGGCCGCGCUCGUCAGGCAGUCCGCAGCAGACGGUGGGCUCGUCGGCCCAAAGCCGUGGCACGGGCAUGGGGGCACGCCAUCAAGGCAAAGCCCCGGCGAAAAGUACUCCGACCGCGGCCCGGGUCAUUCAGCAUGGCGUGUCCAGCGACGGACGACCCCUGAACCCCAAAAGGUACUCUCCAGGGUCUGAUAACUACGCGUUGGCGUGCUCUAUAGUGAUGGGCCGCUCUCCACAUAUGCGCAACUCCCCCAGCGGCGCCCCCUACGGUAGCGAUGCCAACACUGCAGGCGCUUCCCACUGGAGACAGAAGUCAAUGCCUGAGGGGUUCAACGCUAACAGGAACUCUCCACUGGUAUCAGAGCGGCAGAACCUGAAUGAGGUGGUUAACGGGGUGAAGGUCACACCCUGCUGGCCAAGGGUGGUGGACGGGGAGGCACCCCGCGGAACCGAAAGAACCCCAACAGAACCACCUACCACAAAGCCCAAACCAGCCAUCAGCACCGCAGAACAGCUGGAUGGAGGCUCAACCCACUCUCCCUGCAAGAGCUCCAAGACGGAGCCUCCUUACUCCAGCCAAUCAAGCAGCAACACCCUCUCAAGCACCGCCUCUAGCUCCACCCACAGCGACGAGAAGUGGUACGAGAUUGGCUGUGCUCGGGCGGGCUCUCGUCCUGACUCGGAGCUCAACGGCUUCGCGGGGGCUGGCGGUGGCAGCGGCUACCUCCAAGGGGCGUCGACGGACAGCGGUAUCGACGCCACCUCCUACGGGGCGACCCUGACCAGUAAUGCGCCGCUGAUCCUACCCCCGCGGGCCAAGGAGAAGACCCCCUCUGCCUCCGCCUCGUGUGCCUGGAGCGAGGCCUCGUCGCCGGGCAGGCGGGCAUCCGAUGUCCCCUCUCCCCCCGCAGAGGCGUCCUCCAUCAGCCCUGUGGACAGCCCCGAGGAACCGGCCAAGAGCCCCAACAACUACCCCCCUGCCCCCGACGCCAGCGCCUACCCCCGCAGCGAUGCAGCCUCGCACUCCAGCACCCUGAGUUCGGGUCACUCUGGCAGCCCCCUGGGCUCCGGCGCGGAGGAGUCCGCCACCUCGCCCCCCUCCCACACAUCACUCUCCCCCGGGCCCAAGAGCUUCUACCCCCGCCAUGGAGCCACCAGCAAGUACCUCAUCGGCUGGAGGAAACCCGGCAGCACCAUCAACCCUGUGGACUUUGGCAACACGCGCAAGCGUCACCAGAGUGAGGGGCAGCUGAUUGGUCAGCCACAGCUGAGGGCCACCAUGCGGGUGACUCACUCCCCGCAGCACAUCCCUAAGUCCAGCAUCGAGGAGGACCUGAAGAAGCUCAUCACCUUGGACAGCCCACCGCCCGUCACUCAGGAGUUCAAGCCCUCCUUCCCGCGCUGCCCGGCUUCUUCUCUCAGCGGACACCUGUCAUCGAGCAUCUACAGUGGGCAGCGUGACCCCGUGACCUCUGUGCCCACCGACGGCCUGUUCAGCUGCUCCACCAUGCCCCGCUCGCCCACUGCCCGCCACGCUCCGCAACGCCAGCCCUCCUACAACCAGGGAGCCAAGUCCCUCGGUGACCUGACGUCUCAGGAGGCGUGUGUGUUUGAGGCGGACCUGCGCCGGCCUCUCCCCGACCCCCCCCUCAUGCCACUGCCGGACGCCAGUGCUGACCGGGGCCUCGACUGGUCUGACCUGGUGGACGCCGCCAAGGCCUUCGAAGCUCAGAGAGCCAACUUCCUGUCUGUCCAAGAUGGCAGUGCCAGCUGCCAGCAGGCCGAGCCCCAGACUGCCCCACCGCGCCACCCCUCACCUGGUGAUGUGCCAGCCUGUCUCCUGGGGAAGGUCAGUCAGCUGGAGUCGAUGGUCAAGCUGUUGCAAGAGGACCUGAAGAAGGAGAAGGAUGCCAAGGUGUCUCUGCAGGCUCAGAUCCAGACUCUCCGGGACGACAACCAGCGGCUGCAGGAGGAGUCUCUGAACGCCUCGGCCAAGCUCAAGAAGUUCACCGAGUGGGUCUUCAACACCAUCGACAUGAACUGAGACUGCAGGAGUCCGCCUCGCUCUCUGCUCUGCUCUUGCCGUCUCAGACACACACACACACUCACACACACACACACACACACACACACACACACACGCGCACACACACACGCACACGUAAGGGACAAAUGCUGUCAAACAGACCCAGAGACCGGAAGCUGUCGAACACACCAGAGACCGGACCAGACGCUGUCAAACUCAAACAAUGCAACUGAUCACCGAAGACUCUUCCACACUGCUGAGAGAGCUGUCCAGGAGGAAUCACUCACAGACACAGACACCAACCAAAUCAGUCAAUGAAUCACACAGCACAAACGGAGUCACUUUGAGUCAUUCUUAACCUGUGUGAAUCACACAGUAAGAACUGAGUCUGAACCAAUAUGAGUCACACAAUACAUACAGAGUCAUUUCUAGCGAUUUUGAUGUAGUAUAAAAUCACACAAUACAAACUGAGUUGCUUCCAGCGAUUCUGAAUAGGUAUGAAUCACACAGUACAAACUGAGUCGUUUCCAGCCAUUCUGAACCAGUAUGAAUCACACAGUACAAACUGAGUCGUUUCCAGCCAUUCUGAACCAGUAUGAAUCACACAGUACAAACUGAGUCGUUUCCAGCCAUUCUGAACCAGUAUGAAUCACACAGUACAAACUGAGUCGUUUCCAGCCAUUCUGAACCAGUAUGAAUCCCACAGUACAAACUGAGUCGUUUCCAGCCAUUCUGAACCAGUAUGAAUCACACAGUACAAACUGAGUCGUUUCCAGCCAUUCUGAACCAGUAUGAAUCACACAGUACAAACUGAGUCGUUUCCAGCCAUUCUGAACCAGUAUGAAUCCCACAGUACAAACUGAGUUGCGUUGAGUCUCGGUGAACUGCAUGCAGUCCCUCUCUCUCCGCUUCCCCGUGCAUGCUGUGACGUGACGAAGCCUUCCUCCACACACACACACACACACACACACAAGCCUCCGCCACCCCUCUGUGUGCGAGUGUUCAGUGUGUGUGACAUCCUGAUGAGGAAAGACAAUCAAUUGCGUUAGGCUUCAAUCAAAACCCUGUGAGACCCUUGUGUCUGUGUGUUUGUAUAGAUUAAUUUUACUCACUCAGAGUCUCUCUCUCUGUGUGUAUGUGUGUGGGUGCGUGCAUGCGUGCGUGUGUUCACGUGUGUUUUAAUGGGUUCCUUAAUUUGUCAGACCUGUCAGUCAUCUCAAGUGAAACAUUGUUGCAGUUUUCCUCUGCACGGCAACCACAAUGGAAACCGUGAUGUUAUUACAGUGACCGAUGUUUUUGUUCUAAAUGUAAUGAUAUGGGUGACUAAAGAGACCCCGAGCAUCAUUGGAUGGCAUCUCAAUUUUACCCUUGCAAGGUACAAACUGGAAGACUUAACUGGAGCUUAAAAAGACUUCCCUUGAAGCUCUCUCCUCAUUUUAGUGUUAAUGACCAUACGAAGAAUGUAGACAAAAUACAUUCAGUUUAUUAAAUUAUAAUCAGAAAUGCUUGGUCAUCACAUGAAUAUGGAAAGUAUAUUGUAUGUAAAAAAAAAAGAAUAUAUGUACAGCAAUGAUGUGUAAACAUUUAUUUUAAUGCCAUAAAGACACAUAGGUUAGACCUCAGAAGCUAUCUAUUGAUUAUCUAACCAGUUGCUUUUUAAUGCGAAGUUUUACAUUUUUAUUCAGCAAAAAAUGUCACAUUGCGACAUUGACUGGAAUUGACAUAAUUUAGUACGUGAGAGGUGUAUGCUUAGCUGAGAUGACUGGGUGGUUGAGCUCAUGGCUGUGGCAUGAACUAAGUGCUGAUAGCCAUGGGCCAUCCCCAGGUUGAGGUUUGUGCUGGCGGCUGCAUCCUUUCAUGCUGUGAUGGGGUGUGAACAGUGCCAUCUAGUGGUCGAGAAAGUAUGUGCAAUUUCUUUUUAUAAUACAAAACUCCACUCUGAGUACUCUGUGUAUAUUCUCCAGACCUGUGUGAACCCUGAGGACAGGCUCUUCCCAUUAAAACCUACCUUUUUCCUUACA